AUGGGACGCAGCGUGGAGUCCGAGCCGCUGUGUCCGUCUCCCAGCUUCGAUACCCAGCUGCAACAAAUCUUGCAACACCAAAUGAUGUCUCCGCGACAGCACGCCGACUUGUUGGCUCGAUUGGACCGCGACAUCCGGGCCACUCUCGACCGCCAGUGGCGAGGAGAUUAUACGCUCCACAAUUUUGGAUCUCUGGCUAAUGGUCUCGCGACGCAACAUAGUGAUGCCGACAUAUACGUACAGUUACGCAACUUUAAUGUUUCCGUGGAGUUACAAGUGUUAGAAGAAAUAGAAACCUUAUUUACGGAACAGCCAGCAUUGUAUUCCAACGUUACGUCCAGAAUUCUUCGAUUAUUUUCAAUAGUCCAAGUUUAUCACAAGACCCUAGAGCUGAAGGUGGACCUCGUAUUUAGAGGCGGUUUCAAAUCAGUUCGGAACACCAACAUGAGCAGAUAUUACAUGGAAUUAGACGAAAGAUUCCGCACAUUAAUGAGCAUUGCCAAAGUGUGGAUGUUCAACCGUGUCCCUGCUCCUGAGGGCUCACACCCAUUUCCAAGCUAUAGUGUAUACCUAUUAGUUAUAUUUUACUUAGAACAAAAGAAAAUGGUGCCCUCCGGUUACGAGUUGCAGAAAAACUCUAAGAGUUAUUUUGUGGAAGGGUGGAACAUGGGCUACAACAAGCUGCAGUACAAUACGACGAAUACGGAGGACGUAUACCAGCUGCUUGCAGGGUUCUUCGACUACUACAACCAAUUCCCCUUUGAUGAAUACAUCGUAUCACCUUUUGCGGGCCAUCCUAUUAGGAGGAACGCUUUUGCGGAUCCAAACAAAUAUCCAGAUGAAUUUUCUUAUGAAUAUAUACGUAACAACGAAACUUUGAUAGACAAAUUGCGGCUUAGGCUUAAAUAUAAUUUUAAAGUUGAUGCACCAUUGUGCAUUCAAGACAUUUUUUAUCACGACAAUAAUGUUGUAGAGGCCAUCAGUUCCGAAUACAUGGCGCGAUUUGUAAGAGCAAUAAAUGAAACCGCAGAAAUGUUUAAAAAAAUGUCUAGAGACAGUGUCCUAGAAGGUAUAUUUAGCAAGAAAUUAAUAAACAGCCUAUGUGACAGUGAAAGUACGCAAGUACAGUAA